AUAUCCACCUGGUAUAUACUAACUCGCCCACAGUUUCCCCAAUUUCCACCUUCUUUCUCCCAUCGGUUUCUCCAACCAUAAUCCCUCAAAACCCACUCAACCGCUUGAUGAAUCAUCUCCUGUAUCAUCUUCUUAAUCCACCCAAUCCCUUUAUUCUGAUUCACACAGAUCCCAGUCUUGAAUUUCACUCAAAUUUCUGAUCUGGGUAUCUCUCAAAUUGAUUUAAUUUGCUAAAAAAACAAUUCAUUUGGUUCUUUCAUAUGUUUUGAUUGGUGGGUCUUGAAUCUUUCAAGAAAAAGAUCAUUAAUUUGCAAGAAUUUGUUAUUAAAUUUCUCAAGGGUUUGGUUGUUAUGGUGGCUAUAAAGAUUGGGAUGCUUCACUAUGUGUUGGACCAUGUAUAUGGUGCUUUUAUGCACAGAACAAAGUUAAGCCCACCCUUUUUUUCUAGAGGGUGGGGUGGGUCAAAACUUGAUCUUUUGGAGAAUAUGAUUAAGCAGAUUUUUCCAGCAGCAGCUGAAGGGCAGAAUUGGCCUCCAAGAUUGAUUCAACCCAUGUGGAAAACAGUUUGGGAAACUAAAAAUGCUUCCUUGAAAGAAGGGAUUUUUAGGACUCCUUGUGAUGAACAGAUUAUUAAUGCAUUGCCUCCUGAAAGUCAUAUUGCAAGAGUUGCUUUUCUUGCCCCUAAGUUUGUGCCUCCACAUAAGAUGGCUUGUGUUGUUCAUCUUGCAGGUACGGGGGACCAUAGUUUUGAGCGAAGGUUGCGUCUUGGUGGGCCACUUUUGAAGGAAAAUAUAGCAACCAUGGUUCUUGAGAGCCCGUUUUAUGGACAAAGACGCCCAUUUCUGCAAAGCGGGUCAAAACUGUUAUGUGUGAGUGAUCUGCUUUUAUUAGGAAGAACUACGAUUGAAGAAGCGCGCAGUCUUCUUCAUUGGUUAGAUACUGAAGCGGGUUACGGGAAAAUGGGCGUUUGUGGUCUAAGCAUGGGUGGAGUACACGCAGCGAUGGUUGGAUCAUUACACCCGACACCCAUCGCUACACUCCCGUUUUUAUCUCCACACUCUGCUGUCGUAGCAUUUUGUGAGGGUGUAUUGAAGCACGCCACCGCAUGGGACGCCCUACGACAAGAUCUUUCUACCGCCAUGACACUCCACGAAGUACAAGAGCACAUGCGACACGUGUUGUCUCUCACCGAUGUCACGCGCUUUCCCAUCCCCAAAAACCCCAAUGCCUGUAUUCUCGUUGCCGCUACUGAUGAUGGAUACAUUCCUAAGCAUUCGGUUUUGGAGGUCCAAAGAGCUUGGCCUGGAUCAGAAGUGAGAUGGGUGACGGGUGGACACGUGUCUUCGUUUAUUCUUCACAACGGUGAGUUUCGUAGAGCGAUUAUGGAUGGAUUAAAUCGGUUAAAGUGGAAGGAGCCCCCUAACUAAUUUAUGAUUGUUGGCAUAAUCAUAACAAAAAACAAAGAGAAGAUGCUACUAACUAACCCUUGUGAACUGUAAAGUUGAUACAGGAGGCUGUACAUUCUUUAUUUUUUUUUAAUUAUUUUUUGUAUGAUUUAUUUAUUUAAUCAUUUUUAUGUAUUUUCUCGAAGAACCAUGCCACCGUCGUCAUAUCAUUGUUUGUUUAACAAUGUUAUAUUGCUCCC